UUGACCCAGAUACAGACACUCUGCAGACAAGCUGGGCCGUGUCUGCUAAAAAUAGACUCUAAUUUGCCUUCACACAGACAUUGCGAGCCGCCAUUUUGUGUCUGCCGAUUUGUCUGUAAAGAUCCACGUAUAGUUUUAAAUCCUGUUCAAAACCGCAUUUCAGGUGCUGGCUUGGCCGCACAAAUAUACAUGUGAAAUACAUGUAGUUUCUGUCAAGGGUAGACAUGGCGACCGCAAUGGAUAUUGACAGAGAGGAGCGCGAGACCAACAUGAAGUUGAUCCGUCUGAUCUCGGCGCAGCCAGCGUUGUGGGAUGCCAGGAGUCAGCAUUACCGAGACAGGAGCUUUAAGAGCGAGGUGGUCAAAGAUAUUGGCCAGCAAAUGAACUGGACAGAUCAUGCCGUUAUCAAGAAGUUUGCCAACCUGCGGACAUACUACACGAAGGAACUGAACAAGGAACUGGUGAGUCAGGUCCACAGUCGGAUGAAGGGCGACACAGAGGACACAUACAAGUCCAAAUGGCCGUACUACGAUAUGCUUGACAACUUCCUCAGAAUGCAAGUCCGGACAGCAAAGAAAGUCCAUACCAAAAUGGAAAGCCUCAAUACAGACUCUCCCGGAGUGAUGAGAGUAAACCUGGACAGUGACAGCAUCGAGCACAUAUUUGAAGAUGCAGAUGACCAGUCAGAGGGAAGCAAGCUGGACAGUCCAGAAGCCAAUCAGGACAAUCGCCAUGGCAACCAUUACUUUGUGGAUUGGGACGAUGAGGCAGUUCCGCGGAAACUUAUCAAACGUGAACCUGAGAUGUAUGUCUAUGAGGCGGAAAAUCGUUCGGACUCAGAACCGUCAAGUCAUCGUCAAGUGGUGCCAUCUAUACCAGCAUCCCCUAGCGUACCCCAUCCAGUCCCGCAACGUCUCAUCAGUCAUCAUACUACACCCAGUCCACAUGCCACGCCCACCACCUCCUAUGCCAGUCCGACUGUACUUUUUCAACCCGACAUGGCACAUACUGACGUAGAAGAUGAUAUCUUUGCAAAAUUAAUAUGUUAUCAGUUGAAACGUCUGAGGGAUGGUAAGAGAAAAGAACUUUUAAAAAUUAAAAUCCAACAAAUGAUUGUUGAAACAUUGUUUGAGGAUGAUUAGAAUAUACUAUUGCCAACUUGGCCCAUUUUUGUUCCAUCAUUCAAGUUCCCCAUGCAAGGAAGUUCCCAGAGAGAUUUGUUUCUAAUGUUCCCUGUUUAAUGAUAUUCAAUACACUCAAGUCAUGGAGUGAGUGAAUGUUGUUUUAAGGCACAGUCAGCACCAUCACAGGUUGUCACUGCAGCUGCAACUUACCAAUCAUCUCUGAAUCAGACAGACCCCGGUGUUUGGUACUACGAUAAACGAUCACAGCAUUAAGGCAUGAAACAGAAUCAGUAUGGUCACGUAUUGUAACCACCCGGUCCUCAUUCAUGGGUAGUGGGUACCUAUUCUACUCCGGAAUCUCUAUUCAGACAAACAUGGGUAGUGGGGACCUAUUCUACCCCGGAAUCUCUAUUCAGACAAACAUGGGUAGUGGGGACCUAUUCUACUCUGGAAUCUCUAUGGAGACAAACAUGGGUAGUGGGGACCUAUUCUACUCUGGAAUCUCUAUGGAGACAAACAUGGGUAGUGGGGACCUAUUCUACUCCGGAAUCUCUAUGGAACCAAACAUGGGUAGUGGGGACCUAUUCUACCCCGGAAUCUCUAUGGAGACAAACAUGGGUAGUGGGGACCUAUUCUACUCUGGAAUCUCUAUGGGGAGACAAACAUGGGUAUUUGGGACCUAUUCUACUCCGGAAUCUCUAUGGAACCAAACAUGGGUAGUGGGGACCUAUUCUACCCCGGAAUCUCUAUGGGGAGACAAACAUGGGUAGUGGGGACCUAUUCUACUCCGGAAUCUCUAUGGGGAGACAAACAUGGGUAGUGGGGACCUAUUCUACUCCGGAAUCUCUAUGGGGAGACAAACAUGGGUAGUGGGGACCUAUUCUACUCCGGAAUCUCUAUGGGGAGACAAACAUGGGUAGUGGGGACCUAUUCUACUCCGGAAUCUCUAUGGGGAGACGAACAUGGGUUGUGGGGACCUAUUCUACUCCGGAAUCUCUAUGGGGAGACAAACAUGGCUAGUGGGGACUUAUUCUACCCUGGAAUCCCUCUUUGGAGACAAACAUGUGUAGUGGGGACCUAUUCUACCCCGGAAUCUCUAUGAGGAGACAAACACAGGUAGUGGGGACCUAUUUUUCCCUAGAAUCCCUACUGGGAGACAAGAAUGUGUAUAUAUCGGGAAAACCGGGAUGUAUAGAAAGUUAUUCCUCAGUAGUAUAUACACACAUAUACAAUCAUGUUCAUUCCAUUUCUUCCGCCAUUGUGGCAAUAAACUGUUGUGAAGCACU